GUACGCGACCAGCCACCGACGUGUGUUUACGGUCCGAGGCUCCGGCGGAAGCGGCGAGAGAGUUGUUUGCUCUUCGGGGAUUAACGUUGUGUGUGCUACAAUUCCGCCGUUGUGCGUCGUACCGGAGAGUUUCAAGAAUGUGUUGAGCUGAUUACAUCUAAACUACACUAGGGUUUUGGGAAUGGAGUCGACAUUAUUGCUGCUCCUACUGAUCGGAUGCAGCGAGAAAUUUGCGCUUGGUCAGCAAGGUCCGGUCUUCAUCCUGGAACCGCCGAGUACCCUGGUCUUUUCAAAUACCACGGGCUCCCAAUUAGGCUGUUCCGCACACGGCAGCCCGACACCGCACGUCACGUGGAUUACCAGCCCGGAUCAGAGAUCGGUUACGGCAGUUCCGGGACUAAGACAACUUCUAGGCAACGGAACGCUAUACUUCCCGCCAUUUCUGGCUCAGGAUUUUAGAGCCGAAGUCCACAAUGCCCGUUAUAGAUGCCGGGCGACCAGUUCCAUCGGAACCGUACUCUCUCGCGAGGUCACUCUUCGAGCUGUAUUGACGGUACCCGGAUACGACGUCAGGGUAAACAGACAGCCCGUCAUAGAGGGAUGCAACGCGGUGUUAUCCUGUACAGCCCGGGAAGACGUUAAGGAACACCUGACCGUAACUUCCUGGUUCCGUGACGACGCUAUUCUCUUACCUGGAAAUACAGAUACCGGCGGAAGAUUCGUGGUUACCUCGCAGGGUGAUCUUCAUAUUAGGGCCGCCAGACCAGAAGACGGCCGAGUGACGUAUUCGUGUUUAACCCUGCACGCCUUGACCAGCGAACGAAGAAGAAGCGAACCCGCUACUUUAACAGUUACGGAACCGCCUGGUUCCUUGUCGCCGCGACUGAUGCAACGAUCCGAGAUCGCUAUUUCCGCCGAAAGCGGCUCCGACGUUCACCUCACGUGCUCGGCGCAAGGAAGCCCGCCACCGCAAUUUACCUGGUAUCGCGAUGUUAAUGGCCACUCGAUACCGGUCGAUCGUCGUGUAGACGCGCAGGACGCUGGAAGAUACGUUUGCCGGGCCAGCAAUCAACUCGGCGAGCAACGAGCGGAGACGCACUUGUCGGUCACUUCAAAGCUAAACGCUCGGAUUCAGCCGCGCGUACAGGUCGUUAAUUCCGGCGAGACUGCCACGAUGAACUGCACGGUCGAGGGAUAUCCGGUCGAGAGCGUUGAGUGGCUACACGAUGGUGUGCCAGUAUUGACCGCGCAGGACACGAGGAUCAGAUUGUUGGCUCCCUUGGUGCUCGUGAUAGGCUCCGUCGGUCGCAGGGACAAAGGGAUGUAUCAGUGUUUGGUGAGGAGUGACAAGGAAAAUGCUCAGGCCACCGCCGAACUAAAGCUCGGAGAUACGGUUCCGGAACUGCAGUACACGUUUAUCGAGCAAGCGCUACGACCGGGACCUCCGGUUUCCCUGCGAUGUUCCGCUACCGGUUCACCGACGCCAUCCUUUACGUGGUUACUCGACGGUGAACCAUUGAGUCAGAUUGCGACCGGACACAGAUACGCGAUAGGCCAAUAUGUGGAUCAAUCCGGUGACGUGAUCAGUCACUUAAACAUUUCAUCCGCGGGAACUGAGGAUGGCGGUCUCUACGCUUGCGUAGCAUCCAAUACUCUGGCGACUGUCGAGCACAAAGCUAGAUUGAAUAUUUACGGACCGCCAUACAUCCGAUCGAUCGGCCCAGUUCGCGCCAUCGCCGGUGUCGACAUCACAAUAGCGUGUCCUUACUCAGGAUAUCCGAUCACAUCGGUCGGAUGGACUCGAAAUAAUGCCGAGUUGCCUUUUGACAUCAGGCAGCGGGUCGACAGUGAGGGCCACCUUACAAUCCUCACGGUAGAUCCGAACGAUGCCGGUACCUUCACGUGUAUAGUUCGAGCAAGUUCCGGAGAAACCGCCAACAGAGAUAUACUACUAACUGUGAAUAGUCCUCCCGUAAUGAGUCCCUUCAGUUUCCCCGCGAAUUCGCAAGAAGGAAGUCGUGCUCAAGUAACGUGCAGCGUGACAUCGGGCGAUCUUCCAAUCUACAUUUCCUGGUUGAAAGAUGGCGAGCCACUGCCUUCCUCCCUUCGCAUCGAAGAGCGAGGCGCCGAAUUCUUCAGCCUGCUCGUCUUCAAGGAACUGUCAUCGCGACACAGCGGCAAAUACACCUGCGUGGCCACGAAUAGCGCCGCCAAGGUCAAUCAUACAGCGGAACUUUUGGUAAAAGUACCACCUCAAUGGAUAUUCGAGCCGCAAGAUGUGGCGACCCUUCUGGGAAACCCACUGAAUGUCCAUUGCGAGGCUAAGGGUUUUCCGCCGCCGCGUAUUACGUGGCUCCGUGCCAAGGGCAGAACGUCCAACGAUUAUCAGCCGUUGGUCGAUGGUUCUGACGGUAGACUCACGAUAUUGCCUAAUGGGUCUUUGUGGACGGCUUCGGCUGGUCCACAGGAUGAGGGUUACUAUCUCUGUCGAGCUAAUAAUGCCAUCGGAUCGGGACUAAGCAAAGUGAUAUACGUGUCGGUGCAUGAACCGGCGAGAUUCGAGUUUCAAAGUAAAAACGUUACGAUUCGUCGUGGAGAAUCCGUGACGAUCGACUGCACUGUGAUCGGCGAUAAUCCUAUAGAAGUACAAUGGAUGCACAACAGCGAUCGAUUGGACAUGAGCAAUCAUAGAUUAAGCAUCGGUCAAAUAAAGACCGACAACGGUCUGAAAUCUCAAUUAUCUAUCGCGAAUAGCGAUCGGCAAGAUUCCGGGGUUUAUCGGUGCACCGCUGAUAACGCUUACGGAAGAAGCGAACAUUUGAUUUAUUUAGCAGUCCAAGAGAGACCGGAUCCUCCAGCCGGACUCGAGGUAAUAGAAAUCGGUUCUCGAUCGAUACGGCUAUUAUGGAAGCGGGCUUUCGACGGAAAUAGCCCUAUAAGAAAUUACGUGAUACAAUAUCGCUCUCUGAGCCACGGCAUGACCGACGAUUGGAAUCCCGUUAAAACGCACAACGUCACGUACACGCCAGGAAGCUCCAAUAGCGGUAAUUCUAUACAUCCAACUCAAAACGGCUUAUCUCCGUUCGAAACCACCGCCGAUGAUCAAGAGGUAGCGCUAAUUGGUGGUCUUCAUCCGGCUGUCACCUAUACAUUUCGAAUAUUCGCUAUAAACUCCAUCGACGCGAGCGGACCCACGGAACCCGUCGUAGCGAAGACUCAGGAAGAAGCACCUACAGAAUCGCCGCAAAAUAUUAAAGUGCAAUCCGCCGGACCCGGAGAACUCAUUGUCAGUUGGCAAUCGCCUCCGAAAGAAUCGUGUAAUGGAGAUCUGCUGGGAUAUAUAGUAACGUGGUCGGAACAUUCGUCGUCGACCUCGGGUGUUAAUCAAAGUAAAAGUUUAACUGUGAAUGGUUGGGCGACGACAAAGGUGCAGCUUACCGGUCUGAGAAAAUUUACGAAAUACGACAUUUCAAUCAGAGCUUUCAAUAGCAUAGCCAGUGGACCAGCUAGCGUUCCUAUCGUGGGUACUACUCAAGAAGGAGUGCCAGAAACGCCACCGACUCAAGUGACAUGCGCUCCAUUGUCCUCCCAAAGUGUCAAAGUAUCCUGGAACGCGCCGCCACCUCAUCAGCACGGUGGAAUUAUCCAAGGAUACAAAGUCUAUUAUAGGCCGGUCCCUACCGAUAACAUGGAUAUAUCGACGGUCGGUGAAAUAAAAAGAACUUCCAGUAUGGAGACUUAUUUGCACACACUGUACAAAUACACGAAUUAUUCCAUCAAGGUGUUGGCUUACACGGGCGCGGGUGACGGAGCGCUGAGUCUACCGAUCUUUUGCAUGACAGAAGAGGAUGUUCCGGGCCCGCCUGCUGGUAUCAAGGCGUUGGCGUUAACGGCGGAGAGCAUAUUGGUUUCUUGGUUGCCGCCGUUGCAACCUAACGGAAAUGUUUCAAAAUACACUGUAUACAGCAGAGAAGCCGGUUCUAAUAAUCACAAUGCGCACACGAUGCAUGAACCACCAUUAUCGCCCACGGAUACUCUUACAAUGGAAUUACGGGAUCUAGUGGAAAGAAAAUCGUAUGAAUUCUGGGUGUCAGCAACGACCGGUCUUGGAGAAGGGGAACGAACUACCAUAGUUACGCAAACAACGAAUACUAGAGCUCCCGCUAGAGUGGCAUCGUUCUCGCAAGUAUUAAGAAGGGCUGUAAAAUCAUCGGUUAUGCUGUCGUGUUUGGUGGUGGGAAAUCCUACGCCGCGACCUAUUUGGACAUACAGAAAUGGUCAAAUUACCACCGGUAGACAUUACGAACUUACACCUGACGGACAUCUCAAUAUACGUGGAUUGGAACAAUCGGUCGCGGGAAAUUAUACUUGCUCGGCUAGUAAUUUAUUCGGUGAUGAUUCUAUCACGUAUUCGUUAGUCGUGGUGAUGCCACCCAAAGCACCGUUGUUGGAAUUACAAUAUACGACAACUAAUAGUAUCAGAUUCCGUUGGAAUCAUCCCGACAACGGCGGUGCUACUAUACAAGGAUAUGUAUUAAGUUAUAAAAGGGAUCAAGGUGGAUGGGAAGAAAUCGCUUUAUCUCCCGAACAAACGGAAUUUGUACUACCUGGAUUAAAAUGUGGUUCUUCCUAUCUAGCGCAUUUAACGGCACAUAAUCGCGUCGAUACCGGUGAUCCAAGCCCGUUAAUAAGCGCAACAACGAAAGGCACCGAACCUCUAUUACCUAAGGAAAGAGAUAUUAUCUCGGCAAACGGCACAUCAGUGAAACUGAAUUUAUUAUCUUGGCCUAACGGAGGAUGUCCUAUUCAGCAUUAUACCGUCGAAUAUCGCAAGCGAAUCAACACGGAACCUUGGAUUUUGGUGGCCAGCAGAGCGACUGAUAAUCUCGUAAUUCGUGAUUUAAAGACGGCAUCGUGGUACAGUUUACGUUUAACAGCGCACAACGAUGCUGGCUCGACUCGGACACAAAUGGAAUUCGCCACGACUACGUUGAGCGGAGUCAGUAUUGGUCCUCCUAACGAUUUGAUAAUGGAGGACGAGAUCAGAAAAACUGUACCCAAUCACAAAGUUUUAUAUGUCGUUGUUCCGCUCAUUUGCGCAAUCGUUUUAGUCGUUUCUGCUGUUAUUCUGGGAUAUGUCAUGCUCAAACGUAGCGGAAGAGCAAACUACCUUGGUGAAAUAUUACCGAGCCAGCAGCAGCAACAACAGGCAGGAUUAGGAAUAGUUCAACAACAACAGCACCAACAACAGCAUCAUCAUUUGUCCAGCUGUAUGUCGACCGUGCAACUCAAAUCGACGGCUGAACGUGACAACAGACGUAAUCAUCAGGUUUACACUAGUUCGCCCGUAAAGCAAGAAAAUCACAAAUCUACCGAUCAUGGAUCAGAAAUGUACGAGAUAAGUCCGUACGCUACAUUUAGCGUUCCCGGAAGAGAGAAUCGUUCGGUAACAACGGCAACGCUCGAUUACACGAUGCAAUUCAAGACGUUUGGUCACUUGGAGAACGAGGAUAUCAAUACUAUCGAUUACGAGAGAUCUAGCGUGGAGUUUGAAAGGUCAAAAACACCAAGGUGGCACAAGCAACGUUACUUUCCGAGUAUUGCGGAAGCCGAGAGCAAGCUACGAUCAAAUCGACAAGGCUCCGGCAGCGAUACAUCCGGAAGUCCUUGCGGCGAAUGCGCCGGGCCUAGUUAUAGAGUGCCAGUAAAGCCUUGUAGAGAUGUAUUUUCGCGAGGUGUGGAAUCAAGUACGGAAUCUAACAACGAAGGUUCGCCCUCACUCGCGAGACGACGAAGCCGACAACCGAGCCGGUCUACUCGCAGUUCGGUGGAGGACAUGACGCUAUUGCCGCCAAGCGGGUUCAGCGACAGCCGUGAAUUGAGUGACGUAGAGUGCGACCGUGAUCGUGAUCGUGAACGCGAUCGUGAAUGGCAAGGUCUGUCAACCGGAACCCGUCACGGCGGCAGUUUGGGCAGACUCCCGAUCGAGGCCGUCGAAUCUAUGCUCGCUAGAUAUCAGCAAAGAAAGGAACAAGAAAGACAAGAAUUUACUAUACACGUAUGAUCGAGAUUCGCUGGUUCGACUUGGUAUCUUCGCCGGACGAUUUAAUGUUACUUAGAAAGAGGGAUGACAAAUCUCUUCUUAAAAUUAUCGUCAACUAAGUAUCGUUGACGGAAAUUUUUCGGAAUCUUAAAAAGAAUGGUAGAGUUUAAUAUAUGUCAAAGACAAUUUAAUUGAUGAAGUGAAGAAAAAGUGAGAAAGAGAGAGGAAGAAUGACAGAAAAGACUCUCAGGUCUAUUCGUCGAAGAGAAACGUCUCAACUACUGCUACAUCUGCAUUGCACCAGAAAAAAUACUGCCGUUAAUAUAUAUAAAACAAGGCCUUCGUACACACGUAACCCUGUAUGUGCCACGUACAAUAUCGCACUGAGAAUCCUGAGGAAAACACCAAAUUUCAGCGAUAUAUAAUUAAUCGAGAAACAACGGAAAAACAAAUAUUCGAUGAUUAACUAUAUACGUUUUUGAUAGCAUUUUCUAUCACCAAAUUACGAUUUUUCUAUUCUUUCUAUUACCGAAUUAUAAUUAAAUUAUCUUACGAAACGUAAUUACACGAUAAAAAAAAAAGUGUGAUCGACCGAUCCAUUACUUUCGCGACGACCAACUAUCGAUAAACAGGGUGAACGCCAACUUCCAUACGAGUACCUCCGCUUUAUUAGUACGAUCUAUAAUUAUUAACGAACCAUUCGAUGUACGAAUGUAAGAAUGACCGAUUAUCAGGAACGAGAUUUUACAAUUUAAAAGAUUUUAAAAAUGUUGCAACGUCUUGACAGUGUUAUAUGUUACCCCAAAUAAAAAAUAGGUCAAUUAAAAUUAAAAAGAAAUGGCAAACAUUUAUUGUGUUAAUUUAAAUUCUAAAUUUUCGAAAUAUCGAACGUUGUUUUCUAAAUUUUUGGAUUCUUUUCGAUUUGGAAUAUUUUUAAAAGUGAGCGAUGUGAUUCGAUUAAUCUGAUUUUAAAAUCGACUUUUCACGAACAACUUUUCAAAUAGUGCCAAUUCUAGCUUAGUAUUUAAGAACGUUGUAAAAAAAAAAAAACUUGG